AUGAUAUCUGCUCUAGGACAUUGUGAAGAUCCAGCAUGUUCACAAUCGUCAUCUACUCAUGAGUUAGUACGAUUAUUUCGAUGUUCAAUUCAUUGUGAUCGUUUAUUAUGUUUAUUUCAUUUAAAUGCUCAUAAUGUUUAUUAUGAAGAAGAAAGAAAACAAAAUGAUGUUAUUCUUAAUGAACUUCAAAAUUGUUUAACACUUUAUCAAAGAAUAUUUGAACAACAUAUACAAUCAUAUAGAGCACUUGUUCAUCAAGCUUCAACAUUAUUAUUACAUAAUACAUCAUCAAUUGUUCCUAUUGAAAAUAUUCGUCCUGUUUUAGAAAAACUUCAAGGAGAUAUUGCAAUUUUUCAACAAGACAAAGUUAUUAUUAAAAGUGAGACAGAACUAGAUAUAACAGAAUUUGAUAUUGAAAAAAUUGAUUCAAAUUUAUCAAAAGAUUGUUCUCUUAUGAAAAAAGAAACAAAUAUUCCAAAAGAUAAUUGUGCUGAAUCUGAUCGAUCAGUAGUUGUUCGUCUUGAACGAGUUCAGUUUCAUAAAGAACUUCCACUUAAUUCUGUAUUGGAUAAUGGACAAAUCGAUAAAAAUGAAAAUGAAAAAGAAUCUACAAGUAAAUAUAUUCUUGAUUUAUAUAGCUUAAAUCAUUUAUUUUUAGAAGAUGAAAAUUCCAGAAAAUUAAAAGAAUCAAUUUAUGAUUUUACUGUUGAGUCAAACAGUACUGACGAAAAUGUAUCAAAUAUAUUAAAAUUGCGUAAAUCAACUGAUGAAAAUCAACAACCAAAUAAUAAACGAUCUCGUAUUUUAUCACCUGUUUCUUCUGAAAACAAACAAAAGGCAGGAGUAAAAAAGAAAAAUGAAAAAACGCCUUCAUUAAAACGACUACAAACUUAA